AUGGGAUUGCCCCCUGCUGAGGGGAAGAGGCCAUACCUGCCAGACGCCCCCAAAGGGCCAGUGACCCAGGACUGGUUCAUGCCCUGCUCUCUGCCCUGGAGUCGGCAGCAGCUCCUGAUCCUGCUCCCAUAUCGAGGGAUAAGCUGCGUGCUGCUGAACUACCGCAUUGAAGACAGCUGCAGCUUGGAGAGCAAUGGCAGCAGCGCCACCAGCACAAGGGAGGCUGAGCGGAGUGAUCCCCCGACGCCUCAGCCAGCAGCCGAGAUCGGGAACGCAGAGGGGACCCUUCUGGACUUGGCCAUGAAGCGCCCAGUGGUCAGAUCGAAAAUCAAGUUCACGACUGGUACCUGCGACGAUGCGGCGCUGCACAAUUGUGAGCUGUGCGGCAAAGGCUUUCGCUUGCAGAGGAUGCUCAACCGUCACGUGAAGUGUCACAGCCAAGUAAAGAGACACCUGUGCACCUUCUGUGGCAAAGGUUUCAAUGACACCUUUGAUCUGAAGAGACACGUAAGGACCCAUACAGGAAUUCGUCCUUACAAAUGUGAGAUCUGCAACAAGGCGUUUACCCAGCGAUGUUCUCUGGAAUCCCACCUUAAAAAGAUCCACGGGGUUCAGCAGCAAUAUGCGUACAAACAGCGGCGCGAUAAACUUUACGUCUGCGAAGAUUGCGGCUACACGGGCCCAACGCAAGAGGACUUGUAUCUGCAUGUCAAUAACGCUCACCCCGGGAGUGCUUUCCUCAAGAAAACCUCUAAAAAGCUGGCAGCAGUCUUACAGAAUAAACUGACAUCUGUCCUGCAGAGGAACCCGGAAGAUGAUGAGGAAGACGAGUAA